GCGCAAAUCUGGAUAAAACUAGUUCCUUUCGAUUUGUGAAGUUUUUACCUCGAUCGAAGAUCUACAGCAUUACCCAUGUAUUUAAGAAGCUAUUUAAGAGCAAAUUAAAUCCUCAUGAUUGCCAGUGUACUCAAAUCACCAAGCACAUUAUUAGAUUGCGUGGUAAGUUUUAUGCUAAGUACGCCAGUUACGUGAUCCAAGUUGUGUGAUCUAAUGCUACAAUACACUACCAGUAGUCGUAAUAAGUAUCUGGUUUCAGUGCAUCUGUAGUAGUUGUCUGUAAAGGACACACAUGAAAGUUUGUUACAUUAAAAAAGGAAAAUAAUUGUUGCUUACAAGAAAUUUUUCUUAGAUGUUUAUUGUUAUAAAACAAUUAAAACUGUAAUGAAAGAUCCACCACUGCAAGAAUUGACAUUGAUGCAUUAUUUUGUGUUUAUAUUUAUACUAUGUACAGUAUUUUUAAGAAACUAUAGGAAUAUUUGAAGACAAAGGAGAGGAGAGGUAGUGAAAAUUGGAGCAGAUAGAAUGACCAUGCAGAGCAGAUAGAAUGAUCAUGAACACAGCAUUGCAUUCCCUUAUUUCCUUCACAUUUCAUAAUGCUUAAGAAGGGUUUUUUGAGUCCGCUGAAAUCCAUAUAUCAUUCUGUUCAAACCAAUGUUCCAGAUUACCAGAAGAUGAUUGAACAACAGAACGAGACAAGGGGUUGUAAUGGUAACUAUGUCACUCCACCAGGUCCAUCAAACCGACCAAAUUAUAGUGAUUUUGCUACACCUAAAUUGUCAGUUAUAAAGACCAGAGUUAAGAGAACAGGACAACAAGUUACUACUAGGCAUGGGAGCUAUAGUGAAACCAUUCCACAUAAUGCAUCUGCCCCCCAAAUAUACUCUUCUCAUGGAAUUAAUAUGCAUAGGAGCUCCAGUACAGAGUUUCUUCAACAUUGUGAUUUAUACAAUGAAAGACCACUGCAUAUAACCCGCCAGUUAGGGUCCACAUCAAGUUUGCCACAGACAGAUUAUGUGGAAAAAGAUGUAAAUCAUACUGGUGCCACAUUAUCAUCAUCAAAAACUUUCAGCCAUGGGCACCAAUACCCCACAUCAAAUAUGAACAAACCGCAAGGUCCUGCCUUUAAUCAGGAAGUUUUACAUAGUGCUCAAAAUCACCAUGGCUACAGUACAGGACAAAUCCCUCGUGGUGCCACUGAUGGCCAGGAUUUUGGAGAGCCGAGACGUUACUAUCCAACAGUGGCAGAUCAUGCCAUAUCCCAACACCAGCAGGCCACAAAAUCAUCUUCCUUGCCAAAUUCUCCCAGACAUUCCCACAUGCCUCAUAGUCCACAAAUACAGAACAAUGCUCACCAGGUGCCAGCAGGGGAUUUCUACCCAAACAACAACUCAGAGGCUGCCACUAGCACUGGCCAUGAUGGGGGCCAUCCUCUUCAUUCUACUCCUGUGGAGGAUCCUGGAGGAGAGGGUGGACAUUACCCAUCACAGUCUAGUCAUGGUUAUACACUGUCCAGUAUGACUAGUGGUCAAUCCAGCAUUGCCAGUGCAACUGUGAAUGAUCUUACACAGUGGCAGCAACAACACCAACACCAACUGCUCAGACAAAGGUUCAGCAUGACAAAGACUACUGAUUCAGGUCCAUUGCUUGGUGCAGAGUUUCCGUCCAUGGCUUCCAAUGAUUCCACACACAAAUGGGAUGCUCUUAAAAGAGUAGCUGACAGUAUAAUUAAAGAAAAGGACAUGAUCAUUGAGAGGCAGAGGAUGAAGAUAAUGCAAGUAGAACAACAGAGCAAGGAUUAUGAAGGCAAACUACAUAGGGCACUGCAGACACAAGCAGACAGAGAUGGAGAUAUUCUCAGUAUCAAACUUCAGGAGAUGCAGUAUGAUAAUGCAUCAUUAAAAGCACACUUAGCAGAAAUUACCUCCAGCAAAGACCAACAGAUUGAAGAGUUACAGAGAAAGCUAGGAGAGACUGAAUAUAAUCUACAGGAGUUGAAGACAACAUCAAAAAAUGAUGCUGGUGUUAAGUCUAGUGAAAUAGAAAACCUCAAAGCUAAGCUUUCUCAAAAGGAAGACACAAUUCUCCACUGGAAGGAGAAAUAUAAUGAAAUAGAAGACAAGUUUAGUGAAAGCAGGAAUAAAGUCAAGAGUCUAGAGCAUUACUUAGAGGAUCUCCCUACUGCUGAUGAAUACUUGUCUAAAAAGAAGGAAAUGCGUUCCAUGAGAGAGGACCUGCUGAUGCACCAGGAAAAAAUCAAGGAUCUGGAGGGUACCAUUGUUGACCUCAAAAGAACAGUCAAAUACAAAGAUGAAAUGAUAGAGGCUAUGGAGAAACAGGAAGCAAAUCUUACAUCCAAAGUCGCCAAAUUGGAAGUGGAUCUGCUUCAACAAGUUGAAAGAGUGGCAAAGCUAAAGGACAGCAGUACACUCAUCAAGGUAGAGCAAGACCUGCAGCAAACCAAACAAGAAAAGGAGCUGCUUGUAAGCAACUUGGACAAAGCCAAAAAGUUGCUAGAAAACAAGCACAAGAAACAGAAGCAGAUGGAGAUAAAACAUCAGUCUGAAAUAAAGCAAUUAGAGGAGAGAAUUAGUCAAGAAGAAUCCUCUGUCCUAGCCCUGAAGGAAGAAUUGGGAACCACUGAAAAAGAAUUAAGGAAAGUCAGGCAAACCAUGAAAGAGAUAAAUAAACAGAAUCAAGAUUUGAUGGAAGACUCUAUGACACUGCGAGACAAGGUGAAGGAGGCAGAAAAAUUGACAUCAGCAGAGACUAAAAAAUUGGAACAGAGGCUGCUUAAAGAGAUGCAAGUGUGUUUCUCUGACCUGCAGUCUCUUGUACAGAUCUGUAUGGAGCAGGCAGAAGGGCAGGACCCCAAUAUGUCAGUGUUGCUAGGAGUAAGAGAUAAAAGCAUUAGUUUCACCUGGCCUCCAAUACAUAUGUGUAUGGCUCCAUCCGUGGCAGACUCAGAGGAAGAACAAACUGGAAUUGAUGGUGCAAUGCUUGCAUUAAAACACAAGAUCUCAUCAGUGAAGGAUCUCAGACAGGACAUAGACAAACUGAGAGAAAUUAUGUCCAAUAAAUAUGCCGAGGAAAUGGGAGAAAAUCUGCAUUGCGCUACCCAGUAGAAUAUAAAGACUACUAGCUGUUAUUUCUGUGGCAUUUUUGCAGCAUUUGUAUUGAUUUAAUUACAAAAAAGAACUUCUAUUACUUUAAAAUAUAUGUAUUUAUUGGUUUCCAUUUGACAGUCCUUUAUUAUGUCAAAUAUUGUUGUAUUUUUAUAAGACAUGAAAAAUAUUAUUAAGCCCUACAUGCCUUAUCUAAAUUUACAUUUGUAUUCUAUGCUUGUUCCCAUAACACCGACAUGAUUAACUUGCAUGUCAGGCAUUAUUGCAUGAUAUUCAUUUUUGUUUAAUAGCCCAUAUAUUGAUGGCCUUUUCCCCCUGCAAGUACUAUCUCAUUUAUACCUAGCACCUAUGUUGCAGUGUGACAGUUUCAACAUGACUGUACUAACUUACAGCUUUAACUGUUCACAUUAAAGUAUUUUUUUGUUAACGAAAGAUGGUUCCUAAUAAAGUGAAGUAUUCAUAUGAUAUUAGUUGUCCCAGAAGUUAUGUACGGUUUUACCAGUGUGGUCAUAUCACCUGCGUCUGUCAUUGCCUUUC